AUGUGCCAAUACCAUGAAGAAAAUCCCACUGUCAAGCAAACGGAAAUUGGAGCAAUGUUCGGCGUAGAGCGAAGUACCGUUUCGAAAGUGUUGCGCCAGAAGGAGAAGUACUUGUACCAGGACGAUGGUAGCCGAUCACCCAUAAAAAGGUCGAAAGGCAAAUUUCCGGAUAUCGAACGUGCCUUGUCGAACUGGGCACGAAACCAUCAGAAACAGGGACAACAGCUGUCAGAUGCCCAGAUCCGAGAGAAGGCCCGCUUCUUCGCUCAGACCGUCGGCAACUCAGAGAGCCACCUCAAGGUAAACAGUGCGAGCUGGUUGGAAAAGUUCAAGCAAAAGAAUCAUCUCAGUGGCGCAAGGUCACGAAAGACUUCGAUAGCGGAAGAGUCGGAGGGGACUUCGAAUCCGCCAUCCAAUGUGCACACCCCAGGGGCCAUCUCGCCUACCUCACCUGGCGGGGUAUCUCCAGCGACAACGACCAUGACAGCGAAGAAGAGUCAGGAAAACCUCAAGACAGAAAGCCCCGACACAUACGACUUUUCGAACCAUCGCCGACCCUUCCAUUCACAGAGCAGUACAUCGUUGUCCAGCGUCUUUACGGAUACAGCCACAAGUCCCACGUCGCUUUCUUCGCCUUUCUUCACUCCUGAUUCAGCAUGCGGCCCGAGCCCAUUCAUGGGCAACCGCCAGCCUGCCAAUGGACAGCCAGGGAACAACAACUUCCAGAGGCCCCGAAGCCAGACCUUCCCCAUGCUUGUCGGUGUUGAGCAGUACAUGUCACCACCGGGCUCAUCUGACGAUAUCACCCCAAAGUACGUCAGCAGCGGUGCGCUUGACUCGCCUAUGACGGAGAUGCCUGGUACACUGCCAGUCAUUGAUGAGGGAAUGUCGCUUUCGCCUACCCAGAUGCCCAAUUCGAUGCAGCCCCCUCCUCUCCCAGGUACCAUCGACGACAAAGGCUCAUCAGCCGACUCCUCGCCCAUCACACCGUCCCAAGAGGAAGCUGCACGCGCUCUCGAGCUCGUCAUGACCUUCUUCCAGUCACAGAACGCCGGUUUCGUCGUGGAGCCCCAGGAGUAUGUCACCAUUGGCAAGCUGAUGGAGAAGCUACGAAUCAAGCGCAGCUCCGAGAGCCUUCCUUCCGAGAUGCGACGUGUGUCAGAGCCCAACUUCACAUCGACCAAGCUCGAAAGCGUCGACGCUAUCCAUUAG